CAAAGCUCUCACUGACAUAUUCUCCCACCAUGGUCUCCCAGAAACCAUAGUUACAGACAAUGGUUCGCAGUUUACCUCUCAUCAGUUUCAGCAGUUCUGUCAUCAAAAUGCUAUCGAGCAUAUGUUCACACCGCCGUAUCAUCCUCAGUCAAACGGCCAAGCGGAACGUUUUGUCGACACUUUGAAGAGAGCCUUACUCAAAGCAGAGGGAGAGGGGACACCAUUUGACAUCAUCCAAAAAUUCUUGAUGGUGUACCGUACAACGGCGAAUGAGUCAACACAGAACAAGAAAUCGCCGGCAGAAAUUCUCUACGGACGCAAACUUAGAACGAUUCAUAACUCAAUGUUACCACCGACACUCAAACAUGCCGACGCAUCAUUUCGGAAUGAAAAAAAAUUUGAUGUUGGUGACCCUAUCUAUGUCCGCGACUAUCGAGGAGGACAUAAACCUUGGAAUAAAGGUUCCAUCUCAGCACGACGUGGUCGAGUUAUGUACGACGUGAAAGUUGGAAAUGAAUUAUGGACCCGUCACUACAAUCAGUUGCGGCCAAGAAACUCAAAUAUCCCUACCAGUACACAGUCAUCCCUACCUCUGGAUAUUCUCUUGGAUACUUUUAACUUACCUACGACUGACAAAACAGAAAAGCAGAAGUGCCCAGCUCAGACAACGUCAGACAAAGCAGAAGCCGCAAACUCAACAAGCAGACGAAGCAACAGACGUCGACAACAAACUGAACGGUUUCAGAUAAACCCCAAGAAAGCACGCUAUUAAUCAUCAAUCUUCUCAAAAGGGGAGGUGAUAUGUAUCCACAUAUAUAUUUAUGUGUGUGUGUAUGUUGGUCUCUCUUUCUGUUUGCUCGGUUAGUCUGUGACCACUUCACUUGUAUGAACUUGUCUCCUUUAAUAAUGUGUAUUCUCCUUAUAUUAUAUUAUAUAUAAUAUGAGUGUUUGUUGACAGUCCGUUGCUUGGUGACAUAUAUCCAUAUAUGUUUGUUGGCAUGUCUGCUAUAUUCGCUAUGUAUAAUUGGAUCGACACUCCAUUAUAAUUAGCCAUUCAUGUUAAGACUGUCUAAUGAUUUUUCCCACGCUUGUCUGAAUUAUUUAUAUAUAUUCGCAUUCACAAUUUGUGUGAACUACUUUACUUUACAACUACUUUACUUACUUACCACUUUGGUGUGAGACCAUUUAUUUUCGUCUCCUUGUGUUUGGACAAUAGAAGUAUCAUCGCAAACCUAGUGGUCUUCUGAUUUCCGCCUUCUCGCGUCAGGACUAUUAGUUUCUCGACCAGUCCAUAACAAUAAUUUAGCGACGAGUACAUAACA